AUGGGAAAGGGAAAGGGCAAAGACAAAGGCAAGGCCCGCGAGAAGGGGAAGGACAAAGGCGAGGAGGCCAAGGGUGAGACCUCCGAGCUGCACCUGGCUGCCCGCAGCGGGGACGCCGCCAAGCUGGCGGAGCUGCUGGCGCCGGAGGAGGUGAAGGAGCUGAAUGCGCCUGACCAGCACAAACGCACUCCGCUGCACAUGGCGGCCUUCUUCGGGAAGGCGGAGGCUGUUGCCAAGCUGUUGGAAAAGGGGGCGGAUCCCCAGCUGGAGGCCAUGGAUGGCUUCCUGGCGCUGCACUUCGCGGCGCAGUCGGGGCACGUGGAGGUGCUGCGGCUCUUGGUGCGGAAGAUGAGCUCCAAAGGAGAGUACGCGGCCGUGAAGCGGCACGUGAACCGCGUGGUGCGGAAAGGCAAGAGGACGGCCUUGCACCUGGCCCUGCUCAAGGGGCACUCGGAGUGCGCGCGGUUCCUGGUGCAGAAGGGCGCCAGCGUGGAGCUGCAGACGGCGCAGAACCAGACGGCGCUGGAGCUGUGCAAGGACGAGGCUCUUCGGGAAGAGCUGGCCGGCAAAGCGAAGGAGGCCAAGGUAGAGGAGGCAAAGGCAGAGGAGGAGGAGGCGAAAGCGAAGGCUGCGGCGGAGGACGCACCCUCCGCAUCGGAGCCACCGUCGAAGCGCCGCAAGGAGGACCCAGGAGGAGAUCUGCCUAUGGCGGGGCUUCCCACUGCGCCGGUGACUCUGGAAAAGCCAGGGGUUCUGGCGGCGGGCGCCUGGGCGCUGGCCACGGUGGGCCUCCAUGCGGAGACGGAGAAGGCGUACCCGGCAGGAGUGUCCGCCAUGGCAGACGUGGAGUGGGAUCUGAAGAUCAAGGAGGCUCCAGAGGAGGACGGCUGCGUGCUGUGCUUCCGGUCCUUGGAGGAAGUGGGGGAGAGGCUCCGCUUGAAGAUGCAGAGGUCCAGCAAGAAGCUUUUGUACUACACGCACUUUUCGGAUGAGGCCGCCAUGAUGGAGAAGGAUUCCAGGUGCAACGCCUGUGGCGUGACAGUGCUGCUGGAGACCAGCGAUGGGCAGCUUGUGCUGCAGCCUGGCACCGAGAGGCCGUGGCAGCUGCCGGGGGCACUGGUCAGCGGCUGCGAUUUGGCCCCCGUGCUGGCGGAGGAGCGAGCAGCGACCCCUUUGGCAUAG